CGUGGCCCUGUCGUAGAAAGUUGCUGAGCGGCUCAGCAUUGCGUGGACGUCUGCCAAGGGCCUUUUUCUGGCGUCUUGCUAGCCGCCUCACAGAAGGCUAAGCACUCCAUUGAACUCCAAUUUUGUGCAAUGGCGGCGACAGGGGUCGAAGGCCCUCCUCCCAGAAAGAAGGCGAGGAAGUCAGAUGGAAGCGCUGACACACCGAAGCCGUCCUUGGAAGAGGCGCAGGCGGUGAUUGAAAAGCAGCAGCAGAAGGACACCAGAAAGAAGGCGGUCAAGUAUAACAGGGGCCCACAAACCAAGUUGAAGGGCAUCCAAGACAAGAAGCUCAAAGGCCAGCUUCGAGCGACAGAGAAGCUUUAUGGCGAGGCUGCGACGAGCGCCGCGAAAGUGGAACAGUGGCUGCUGCCAGCGGAAGCGGGUUUCCUGGAGGCGGAGGGCGUGGAGCGCACCCAGAACUACCGGCAGGAAGCAAUUCUGCCGCACCUAGAUCUAACCAGCCAGAGAAAGAUCUUCGAUCUUCGAUUGCCAGAUUUGGGCCCGUACUCGUUAGACUACACGCGCAGCGGGCGGCACCUCCUGGUGGGCGGCCGAAAGGGACACCUGGCGAUCAUGGAUUGGGCGAGGGCGCAGCUGGUGACGGAGCUGCAGGUCAAGGAGACGACGCGGGACGUGCAGUUUCUGCACAAUGAGAGCUUCUUUGCGGCGGCGCAGAAGAAGUACGUGUACGUAUACGACAAACGGGGCAUCGAAGUGCACUGCCUCAAGGAGCACACCGACGUCCUCAAACUCGGCUUUCUCCAUCACCACUUCCUCCUAGCCAGCGUCGGAAAGUACGGCGUGUUGCGGUAUCAGGAUACGAGUACGGGUGCGAUCGUCUCACAGCACAAGACGAAGCUGGGGCGGUGCGGGGUGCUGGGCGUAAAUCCGUACAACGCCGCAGUGGGGCUGGGGCACAGUAAUGGGACGGUCAGCUUUUGGAGCCCAAACAUGAGCACGCCGCUGGUGUCGCUGCUGUGCCACCGAGGCCCUGUCACGGCGCUCGCGUUCGACGUCGAGGGGCGGCACAUGGUCACGGGCGGCAUCGACGGUCAGGUCAAGGUUUGGGACGUCCGAAAGUUCCAGCCGGUGCACGCCUACUUCUCCCCCCAGCCCGCGCAGGCGCUCGACGUCAGCCAGCGCGGCCUGCUCACAGUCGCCCACGGCAGCACGGUCCAAGUCUGGCAGGACGCCCUCAAAACUAAGGCCAAGUCCCCCUACCUCACGCACCGACUCUUCGACAACUCCGCGAUCGCUGACGUGGCAUUCUGCCCCUUCGAAGACGCACUGGCGCUCGGGCACUCGGGGGGCUUUUCCUCGAUCAUCGUGCCCGGCGCGGGUAAUCCUAACUUCGAUAGUUUCGUCGCUAACCCGUACGAAACCAAGAAGCAGCGGAGGGAGGCGGAGGUGCAUCUGCUGCUUGACAAGCUGCAGCCGGAGACGAUCACGCUGGACCCGUACUGGAUCGGGGGGGUGCGGAAAGCGCCGAAAGAGCUGCAGAAAGCGCAAGCUGCGGCGGAGGCGGAAGCCAACCGGAAGGCGGCACUGCAGGCCGGCAAGGAGGCUGCGCUCAAGAAUAAGGCCAAGGGGAAGAGCAAGCCCACGAAGAAGCACCGGAAGAAGCAGCUGAACAUCAUCGACAACAAGAAAGCGACGGUCUCUGCUGAUCUUGCCAGCAAGCAGCUGAAGCGGAAGCAGGAGAGUGCGGUUGAGGAUUCGGACGCCGACAUGCUAAGAUCGUCCGCACUAGCCCGGUUCUAUAAACGGUAGAGCUGACCAUAUCAUCAAGAGAGGAAGUAGACAGCGGGAGGCUCCAUCAUCGAUACAGGUCGUCGUUCCGUCUUCUUAUAGUCUUGUGCGAGGUAUUUGGCACGCAUUUUCGCCACCGUAAUGGGUUGCACUGCGCAUUGUCACGCCGCACUUGCCGGCGUUUACUUCCCAAACUUGCGGAAAGGUUCUUCAGUAUUGACUGAUGAAU